CAGGAACCAUAACGAAAACCAGCCACUUCGACCGAGCGAUGGCCCCCAAUCCAUCAACCAAACCAAACAAAAAAUCAACCAAACGAAAGAAUACCGAGCCCAAGCCAUCAUCUUCUCAAACCCAACAGAAAUCAUCAUCGAAAUCAGAACCCCCAAGGAAAAAUAAAACGAAGAAGCAAACGCCAAAAGUAGAACCUGUCUUAUUGAGAUCGAGUCCGCCACAAGUUCAGGAAGAUUCAUCAAGUGAAUCAGGAGAAGAUAUCGAAGAGGGUCCAUUCCCAGAACUAUUUCUGAGCGAUGACGAUGGCGAAGAAAACCCCGUAAAUGGAUCGAAGAAAGAGGCUGUCGAGGAAUUAGAAGAUGUAGUAGAGAAUGAGGAGGAUGAUGAUGAAGAUGAUGAAAGCUUGGAUGUAUCAGAUGAAGUGGAUGAUGAAGAAUUAGGUAGUCUGUUAGAUGACUCCAAUUCUGAAACUAGCAACGAUCCUUCAACAGACAAUCUCGAUAACGUCAUCGCUCGCUCAAGCUUCAAGCCAGACGAAGACGACUCCGAAGUAAUCGACCCUUCGUUCUCAAUGUUAGGCAGGAAGACGGACUACAUGAGUCGAGCCAUCUCAAAACCCUCGGCUUUUGUGAAGGGCGCAAAAAUUAAUGUCUGGGAUGAAAUCGAACCCGGGUAUGGAAGUGAAAGCUCGACAGAAGAUGCACCUAAUCGGAUCGGAAAUAUCCCGUCACAUUUCUAUGAUGAUAUGCCCCACAUCGGAUACGACAUCAAUGGAAAAAAGAUCAUGAGACCGGCGAAGGGCGACGAACUUGAUAAAUUUUUGGCUGGGAUCGAGGACCCCACCUCAUGGACAAGCGUGGAAGAUAAACUGCUUCAGAAAAACGUGGCGUUGACAGAUGAAGAGUUGGAGAUCAUCCACAAACUGGCCAAGGCUGAAAAUCCUGAUGCUAAAUUCGACCCCUACGAGCCUUUGAACGAGUUUUUCACCGGCAAGGGUAAAGAGAUGUCGCAACCUUUAUCUGGAAAGCCGGAACCCAAGCGACGGUUCAUUCCAUCCAAAUGGGAGCACAAAAAAGUGAUGAAGAUUGUUAGGGCAAUCCGACAGGGUAGGAUCGUGCCCAACAAGCCCAAAGUUGAAAAGCCGCAGUUCUAUGGACUCUGGUCCGGCGAGGAUCAACCACGACCGAUGGGACCGAUGUACAUGCCCGCACCCAAGCUGAAGUUGCCUGGUCAUGUUGAAAGCUAUAACCCACCAGAAGAAUACUUAUUUGACGACGAGGAACGAAAAGCGUGGGAAGAAGCCGAGCCUAGCGACCGCAAGCUCGACUUCAUCCCGACUAAGCAUCCCAAUCUGAGACUCGUACCUGGGUAUUCAAAUUUCCUUCAAGAACGAUUUGAUCGAUGCUUGGAUCUUUAUUUGGCCCCACGGAUGUUGAGACGGCGACCCAAGCUAGAUAUCUCGGACCCUUCAGAACUCUUACCCAAACUGCCAUCUCCCAAAGAUUUGCGCCCAUUCCCAUCCAUCUGCUCGAUCGAAUAUGUUCACGAAAACGGGGCGCGUAUCCGUACCGUCUCUAUUGAUCCUACUGGGAUGUGGGUUGCGACUGGCUCGGAUGAUGGGCAAGUUCGUGUGUGGGAAUGCAAAGUCGGCCGGUGCGCUAUGAGUUGGAAGUUGGGUGGAAAGGACAACAGCCCGGUUUAUUCUGUUGAAUGGUGCCCAGACGGACGGAAAUGCAUCCUCAGUGUAGUUGUAAAUGGACGCAUCUAUCUAUUAUCACCUCUCCCAGUUCUGUCCCCUUCAUUGGCGGAAGACACGAUUCAAGCAGCCCACUUAGGAUUCGAGACAGCGACUGAAGGGCCCAAGGUCACAGCAGCCAAAUGGAGCCGGGCGAGUGAAGAAGAACGAAGGAAGGGUGUUCUGAUCGAGAUCUCAGUGCCUGGAACACCGAAGCAAGUGAGCUGGCACAAACGUGGAGAUUAUUUCGGGAGUGUGGCUACCGAGGCAGGCAACCAAUCGGUCUUGAUCCAUCAACUGUCGAAACAUCAAACUCAAUCGCCCUUCCGCAAAGCUAAAGGGAUCGUCCAAAAGAUCAUCUUCCAUCCAUUCAAACCUCUUCUCUUUGUUGCUACCCAACAGCUUGUCAAGGUAUACGACCUCCUCGCUCAGACCCUACUUAAAACACUCCAGCCCGGUGUUAAAUGGAUCUCCAGUCUCGACGUUCACCCCUUGGGCGAUAACGUCAUCAUUGGUAGUUAUGACAAACGGCUUGUGUGGCAUGACAUGGAUCUUAGUGAACGUCCUUAUAAAACUCUCAGGUACCACGAAAAAGCGAUUCGAUCCGUCUCGUUUUCGCCCAAAUUCCCGCUAUUCUCGUCGACUUCAGACGAUGGAAACAUCCAGAUCUUCCAUGCGAAAGUGUUCAGCGAUCUGAUGAUGAACCCGCUGAUCGUGCCCCUGAAGCUGAUCAAAGGCGCACACACUGUCCAUCAAUCGUUGGGCGUCUUGGAUUCUGUCUGGCAUCCAACCGAGCCCUGGAUCGUUAGUGUUGGCGCUGAUGGGGUCGCCAGACUGUGGUGCUCUUAGACUUCAUCCAUCAUUUUCUUCUGCUUUCUGGUUUUCGUCUCUUUCUUGUUGCUUGGAAGAUUCAAUUUCUUAAUCUCUAUAUCAACCGAUCACGUCUUUUACACGAGUCACAAAUGCAUCCUAUUUUAUACCAUUACUUUGAGCGGGGGUAUGUUCACCUCCCGUUUUCUCAGAUUUGUUCUUGAAGCGAAGUUACUGCUCCCUCAUCUCAGCAAUUACUUAUGUAUGGUGCGCUGUG